CGAAAGAACGCAUACCACGGAAUAAGUUUGUGUUAGAGUUUAGUUUGAUGGAUUUUGUUAGAGUUUAGAAAUUGGUGUUAAAAAUAAAUAAAAAAAAACUAACAAAUACAAUUAACGAGACAAAGAAAUUUAAAUAAAUUUGUUAAAUUGUUAAGUGAGUGUGAUUGUGAGUACAUAAAUGUAUAAAAUACACAUAAACAGCCAACAAACGGAAACGGACAUGCGCCAUAUUGAAUAAUGAGAAAUAACAACAACUACUAACAAAAAAGCAAAAACAGUUGGUAUGGUAGUGUUAACGUCUACAGCAAAUACAUACCCAUACAUACUGGAAAAAAACUUGGCAGCAAAAACAGUUAACACUCUUUUUUAACUCAAGUGUAGAUGCACAAACACAUUAAAGAGCCAUUGGUGUUGUUACGAAAAACAAGUUAAGAGAGAUAAAGAGCAUUGAGUAGGUUUUAGACCAAAACACUCAGUGUCAAUAGAAGAAAAUAAGAGUUAAUGAAAAACAAAACAGUUAAUAAACAAAAAGAGUAAUAAGUUAAGAAAUUGUUAAGAGCGCCAUGGCUUUUACACGCCAUCAAAUAGAAAAAAGACGUUUAAUUGAAUUGGUUAAAUUGAACCCAAUUCUAUGGGAUUGUCGUUUGCCGCACUACAAACGAUCUGACAAGAAAAAGGCCUUGAAAUGGAAUGAAUUGGGUCGCAUCUUUAGUGUUAAUGGAGAAAGAGUUCAAAGAACUUUUACCUCGUUGAGAGAAAUAUUUAGACGUGAAUUGAAUCAUGAAAAAAUGCUGGGCACCAGAUUUAAAUCCAAAUGGGAGUAUUAUGAUGAAAUGGCUUUUCUCAAGGAGGUGAUACGGGAAAGAAAAUCUCGUGAACGGGCCAAAUCUAAUGAUGUUAUGCCGCCUAAUUUGAAUACCACUAAUAAUAACACUUCUACCGGCAUAGAUGAAUAUCAGUAUUUUGCUCCCAAUGACCCCAAUAAUCCACAAAAUCAAUCAACCACACCUCCCAUUACUACAGCAGCGGCGGCUCCUCUACUACCCAUAACACAGACGGUAACAGUUACCCCUACAACUAGCAUCCAAAAUGGCAAUACAACACCUUUAUUACCGCCCUCCAUAAAUCCCCCCAGUAGUUUACCCUUAACCACCUUGACCACCAUAGCCAGCUCGCAGCUACAACCUGAUGUUUUACUCAAUCUAACACCCAGUACUUUGGCAGCUUUACAAAAACUAAAUGCAUCCGGUAAUGCGUUUCCAACCCAACAAUUACCCUCACGGCCCCUCUCAAGAGCCCGAUCUCUAACCAUACGCUCUUGUUCAUCGUCACCCUCUAUUUACAUAAAAGAUGAACCCGAUUCUCUUGAAGACACCAUUUCGUUGGACACCAAUUCGAAUGGUAAAAUCAAAGAUACUCACCAAUCUUUAGCCAGCCGUUCCAAGGACGCCUCCGCUAAACUUUUACUAAAUUCCAAAAAUCUUAAUUCCUCUACCCAAAAUCUAGUCAUAGAUGAACGAGACUGUUCCGAUUUGGAUGAUGAUCCUGAUGAUGAUGUUGAUAUGUUGGAUGAUCGACUCUCGAUUGCCACCUCACUGCAGAGUUUAAAUAAGGAAACUUUGGCCGGCGUAGGUAAUAAUAAUAAUCCUCCCCAUCCUACGCAUCGUUCCCAGCAAGUGCAAAAUUUGUUUCCUAAACCAACCGCUAGAGAAAUACUCUAUACGAAAUUUGGUGAAUUCUUAGCGGCUCGCUUGAAUACCCUUAAUGAGACAGUGGCCAAUGAACUGAUGAAUAAAAUUUUAAUGUUGAUAGCGGAAAAGUAAGUGGGGGAAAAUUUAAUAUAUCAACCGAUUUUAGGGUAUUUUGUUGAAAAAUUUUAUAUUAAUUGACUGAAGUUUACUUUAUUUAAGAACCAAGAUGAAAUCGUAACUUAAAUCAGAAUAUUAUACUAUAAACUAAAGUCAAGACUGCAAACUGGACUAUAGUCAAGACAAUAGACUACACCAUAGUCAAGAACAUUGAUAAUGCCAUAGUCAAAAACAAAGACUCAACUAAAGUUGCAGUAACGACUACAAGAUUAUAUGUAGACUAAACUAUAGUCAAGAUUUCAGACUGAAAUAUAGACAAGAGUAUUUCAUAUUGAAUACUACCGAUUUGUCAAGAUCAAACAUAGACUAUAGACUAUAGACUUGACUAUAGACUAGACUAUAGACUAGACUAUAGACUAGACUAUAGACUAGACUAU